GUCGUUUACUUAACGCUAAUUUCAGAGUCAGCAGAGAGCGAAACAGAGUGAAGAACAGAACAUGUUCAUACGAAGAGUUAAGUACAAGAAGAAGUAGCAGUGAAGGUUGGAUUGCGUCCAUGAAAUCACACCACUUUCGCUGCCUAAAAAGCAUAGGAAUACAAUGAACGACGAUUCUGCGUACAGAGUCGAAACUACAUGUCGUAUGGCACGAUGGACAAUCCACAACUUAGCCUCUUCCACUUACCGCAAAUCCGAUCCUUUCCGAAUAGCCAUGUGGAAUUGGCAUUUAUCAGUGGAGAAGAACCGGGUUUCGUGUGUUAAAUUAUACCCAGAAAUAUCCAAUCUAACCAGAGACAAUCCCCCUAUUGCAUCUUUCAUCGUUCGCUUGCUUACUUCUGUUCGAGAUCGCAAGGCCUUAGCCAUUUCAGAAAUAAAAGAGAAAUUGCUUAACAACCGCGAAGGCUUUGUUUGGGAAAUUGAGGUCCCACUGCCUACAAAAUUCAUUAUUGACAUAGAGUUCCUGGAUUUGAGGACUUCAUCUCCAAACGGUGGAGAACCUUGCUCUAUCUGGCCUAGUAGAUUUUUGCAGCAAAGAUUGAAUGCAACAUCCCUUGAUUCUCUUGGUAGAAUGCUAACAGAAGGCAUACACACAGACAUCACAAUUAAUGCCAAUGAUUGUGAUGGAAGCAUAAGAGCCCACCGGGCUAUUCUUGCUGCUCGUUCACCUGUUUUCCACAGCAUGUUCUCACAUAACCUUAAGGAGAAUGAUCUUUCUACCAUAAAUAUCUCAGACAUGUCAAAUGAUGCUUGCCAAGCAUUUCUAAAUUAUCUUUAUGGGACCAUUAAAGAUGAAGAAUUUCUGACCCAUAGGCUGGCCCUACUGCAUGCAGCUGACAAAUAUGACAUCCAUGAUUUGAGAGAGACAUGUCAUGAGAGUCUGCUAGAAGAUAUUGAUUCAAAUAAUGUACUUGAGAGGCUCCAAAAUGCUUAUAUCUAUCAAUUGUCAAACCUGAAGAAUAGUUGUAUGCAAUAUCUUGUAAAAUUUGGUAAAAUAUUUGACAUUUGGGAUGAUUUCACUUGCUUCUUGCAAAGUGCAGACAGGGAUCUGAUUUCUGAAGUCUUCCAUGAAGUUCUUAAUGCCUGGACAGGAUUAUGAACCUUCUUCUUGAAAGGACAUCAAGACAAGAUGUUAUUCGUUGUGCAUGAUUCGUUUUGAUCAAUGUAAAUUGUUUUUUCUUAUAUGGUUUAUUUCUUGAUUUUCAAUUACAUAUUUAUUUAAUGUAGUUGGGCCAUAUGUUAAUUGAAUUAUCGUCAUUUAUUUCUAUAAAUCAAACUUUAGAAGUUUGUGCUUGGAUG